UCAAUCAGCAGGUGCCGGCCACCCGGCAUAGUCAAUGAAUGAGUAAAAGCGGAACGUCCUUGCGAAGUGUCACCGUUACGUUCCAAUUUUAUAGUAACGUUAGAAUCCGUUACGAGGUCGUUGCCAUUUUGGCAAUCGAUGAUGGAUCGGCUAAGCUUACGUACAGUAAAAUAACGUAGGGUUAACUGUUAGAAUGAAGUCGAAGUUGUGUUGAUCGAAUGUUUAAUUAGAGUGUAAAUUUAUUCGAAUUGAACGGUAAUUUUUAUGCAAGUAAUGAAUUAGAAAAUUUAGGUAGUGAAAAAUGUCUAUUCUACGCAUCGCCUAUCAGCACGCUGGAUUCACAAGGAAUCUGUGCUCACGAUAUCGCCUGGACACAAAGAUAGAAUCGUUAAGCAAGGUAAAGAGAGAUUUCAUCACGCAUCUUCGCAGAGAAUUCAGGCCUAAAACCAGAAGCGAACGUCCGUCUUACAAUGCUGCCGCGUUUGGAAUCGGUGGAAUUGGUAUAGCAACUGCGUGUGUGAUGCAAUGGGCACGAAGCAGAGUGUUAUGUGAAGCCGACAGAACUGCUGGCGUGAUAAAAGUUAGCGAAAAAGAGCCAACUUUUCCAUGGGCUAGAUUCUUUCAGUACUUGUAUCCGCAUGUUUGGCACUUCUUGUUGGCAUUGGCUAGUGCUCUCGCCGUUGCCGUGUUGAAUAUUUGGAUUCCACAAUGUAUGAGUGAAGUUAUAAACGUUGUGGCUAAACUAUCUGACAAAACUGGCUUUUCCGAGAACACUGAAGGCAGAAGUGCGGCGUUUGUCAUGUUUGAGAAAUUGACACAGCCGACCUUUCGUUUGGCACGCAUGUACGUAAGCCAAGCACUCUUCACCUUCGUCUACAUUUACACUCUUUCGGGAAUUGGCGAAAAGAUAGCGAUGAGCCUUCGUCAAGAUCUGUUCAAGUCAGUGAUAAUGCAGGACAUGGCGUUCUUUGAUAGAAACAGAACAGGAGAAAUAGUAAAUCGAUUGACAAGUGAUAUACAAGAUUUCAAGAGCGCGUUUAAAAUGUGCUUUUCCCAAGGUCUCAAAAGCAUUACGCAGAUCGUCGGAUGUGUUAUCUCUAUCAUAAUGAUAUCUCCGCAAUUGACCGGUGUCAUGGUGAUGUGCGUUCCUACCAUAAUAUUAGUAGGUGCUAUCCUUGGUUCAAGUUUGAGAAAAAUGUCAAGCGAAGCUCAGAAUCAGACAGCUAAAUCAACGACCGUUUCCGAGGAAGCCAUCAGCAACAUCAGAACCGUGAGAGCGUUUGCUGCGGAGGAAAGGGAAAUCGAGUUGUUUUCCAAUGAAGUUGAACUAGCAGCAGUGAUGCAUCAGCGCCUGGGCUUUGGUAUCGGCCUUUUUCAGGGUGGGACUAAUUUGUUUCUCAAUGGAAUAGUUUUGGGAACACUUUACCUGGGUGGACAUCUCAUGUCUAUCGGUCAGCUGACUCCCGGGGAUCUAAUGGCGUUUUUAAUGGCGACCCAAACUAUUCAGAGAUCUUUAACUCAGCUGUCUCUUCUGUUCGGCAGCUAUGUGAGAGGGAUCAGUGCAGGCAGCAGAGUUUUUGAGUUUCUUGACCUCCCACCAUCUCCGCUGAUGAUUGGAGGCAACGUAAUCACUGACAGAUGUUUCAGGGGUAAUAUUGAAUUUGAAAAUGUUACUUUCGAGUAUCCGACUCGACCGAACAAACCUAUCCUGAAAAAUUUCAAUCUCAAUAUUCCUGCUGGUAAAACCGUUGCCAUCGUUGGUGCUAGUGGGAAUGGCAAAACGACAGUAGCCGCACUGCUUGAAAGGUUGUACGACGUCGACGAAGGCUCAAUCAAAAUUGAUGGCACAGAUAUCAGAACAUUGAAUUCAAGUUAUCUAAGAGGCGGAGUGUUAGGUUACAUAAAUCAAGAACCUGUACUGUUCGCAACAACGAUAAUGGAGAAUAUCAGAUAUGGAAUGCAUGGAGCGACAGAUUCCGAAGUAAUAGAAGCAGCGAAAGAAGCAAAUGCGGAUGAAUUCAUUCGCAACUUUCCUCAAGAAUAUAACACUCUUGUCGGCGAAAGAGGCACGCAACUUUCGGGUGGCCAAAAGCAACGAGUAGCCAUCGCCAGAGCGCUGCUUAAAAAACCUUCAAUUCUAAUUCUGGAUGAGGCCACAAGUGCGUUGGAUUACGAAAGCGAGAGGGUCGUCCAAAGGGCUUUAGACUCCGCAGCUAAAGGUAGAACGGUUCUCAUCAUUGCUCAUAGAUUGAGCACGAUAAAAAAUGCAGAUAUUAUUGUUGUCCUGCAAAACGGUGUGAUUGUUGAGAUCGGUAAACACGACGAGCUUACGAUGAAAAAUGGAGUUUAUUACAACUUAGUGAAUCAGCAAGAGAAACAGAAGAAGGAAGAGACUGAAAACCGCCAACAUGGCUGAUUACGGUGCUGAAAUAUGUAACUCAUGCGUCAGA